GUGCGGCGUGUUGUCGAGCGGAGGAAACAUAGUGAUAGAUGAUGCCUCGUCCGCUCCAUGUUGCAAUUGCAAGCCUUUGUUUCCUCCCUGCUGCUGUCAGCCACGGCACGCAGGGUCUCAUUCCGAAUCGACAUCGCAUCUCAAUCGGCCGCGAGACCCGCUCCAGGUUGUUUUAGCCGAGAGGCUGGCCCCCUCGAUCUCAAUGGUGAUGCUUCGGCAGUCCGGGCCCCCUUGCUCGGUCUUCAGGAUAGUCGCUCAGUCCUCAGGACAGUCGCUCAAUGUGUCAAAGAGGGAGUCGGUGCUGGAAGAUGGCCCCGACUGCGGUGUGCCCCAAGCCCCUGGCGGCGAUGAUCCAUGCGCCCGCAUGUGUAUACUAUGUCAGAGGAGACAAGGCCAAGGGCAAGGGGCAGAUGACAUGAGUCGGAUGCCGCACGGAGGAUCUCGUACAGUCGGAGGUAGUAUGGGAUCCAACCCCCAGUAAAGAUAUCUACUACGUAGUAGGCCAGGGUUGCAGGGAAUCGUAGGAUCGGGUUACUGUCCUCAGGCAAACGAAGGCACAGUGUACGGGAAAGGUGAAACACUGUCU